AUGUCUAGACCUGCGGAAUACGCACUGUCGGAUAGUCCUUUCAGGGGACAAAAGAGGCGGCAGUCAGCGAGUACAAGUACCUCGAUAGAUGAACCAUCUCCGAAGCUUGAGCCCCUGAGCCCGGACGCUCCUCCCCUGUCUACCACUCCCACCCUUCCGCCAGCAGCCAUUCCACCAAAAGCAACAUCAUCCUCUUCCACAGGCAAAUCCCUCUGGGAAGUAGCCCACAUCAUCCUCGACCGCGACCUAUACGCCCUCGACCCCAUCAAAUACCUCCAGAUAUCUCCCCACCACUACCGACUCGGCGUCCGUCGUCUCUACCAACAUGUCACCAUCACGCCGGGGCUCGUCGAUUUGAUUUAUGAGUGCUCGGAACGUCCCGCUGGGUCGAGGUUCCUUGACAAUUUUCGGUAUACGGAGACUAUCGUCGUGGACGAUUUCUGGCUGCUCUCGGCGCUUCGCAACUGUUGUAUCAUAUCACUCGAAAAAGCCGAGGAGAUCAUCCAUCGGGCCAAUCCGACAGAUAGCGAAAUGCACAGCGGAAAGGUCUGGAAACUCCCCCUCUUCCCAAACGCUCGCUCCAUGACAAUGCCCAGAUCAAGCUUCCACCGCGCCGGCGAACAACUCCUCAACCUCCCCGCCCCUUUCUUCCACGGCUAUACGAGCAAACUCUGCGGCCUCCAUAUCGAUUUUACCCUCGGCCCGCUCUUCAGUCCUCGGAAGAUGACAGAGUUUAUUGAAUACGCCGAUGAAAGUUAUUCGGAAGAUUGUAUCCCCGUCAUCUACCUCGCUGAGAUCAACCUCCUCCUUGGGGGCAACCUGAAGACGUUUACGAGUGUGCUUGGUAGUCGGAGAGUACCCACUUGGGAUGCCCCCAUUCCUCAGGGGAAAGAACCUGCGAAUGCCUUACAUCUUGACGUGUAUCUCCGGCGUCAUGGACCAGGACCGCCGGCUAAUACGAUCACCAUCCGGACGAUCUACAACGACCCCCCCGGCACUGUUCGUGUCCCAAACUAUUGGAAGUCUAUCGAACAGACAAUCUUGAGCUGGUCGAGUAUCGUCACAAGCGCUCCUCACGUGAAGCAUGUGAAUGAGAUCCAUAUCUACCAAGCGGCCAAGGCGAAGGAGGAGGUACUCAAGUUGCAGGGAGGCGUGGCGGAGGGGCUGCUGGAAGCCAAGCCGUUUGAGUUUGUCGAGGUGGACUAUGAGGCCUUUCCGCCAGAAGAUCGGGACGCUGAAGGUGGUGGAUUGGUUUGGGAGGAGGCAAGUUGGCUUACGCAGAGUGCUAUGACGAGGCGGUACUCCUGGCCGAUCGCUCAUCCGGCUGAGGAUGUAUGGGGAGCACAGUGA